AUGACCCUCUGCGGACACCGUAGUCUAACAGGAAGUAGACUUUUUACCGCCCGAUGGUUAGUUUACGGCUCUCCGAGGAGCGACCCCUUCUUUGUUGAUGAUCGAUACUGAUCAGCUGUGCACAUGGACUCCUUGCAGCUUUUCCUGGAUCAGUUCAAAGCCCGCGGGGAAGCUGAGACCGUCUGGUUAAAGGAGAUAUUCGGCUUCAUCUCAGAACACCUGUGUCCUGAGCUCUCUGAACCCGCCCCUCUAGCUGCUGAUGACGUAGUGACAGGUGUGUGUGCCGGUCAGCUCAGUGUGUGUUUGGUGAAGAAGCUCCAAGAGAACGUGGCUGUCACACACGUCUUACCUGUGAGCUACAGACUGGUGUCUGUCUCAGCGCUGCUCUCCCUGCAGCACCUGGCCUGUGUCAGCAACCUUUCCUGGACCACCAAUCAGCAUCGAGCGUGGGAAAAGGAGGUGGAGCUACCAGGUCACCAGGCCCUACCCCGGGUCAACCUGCUGCUCAUUGGCUGUCUAAAAGAGGGGCGUGCCGGAGAGUGGAGGCUGACGGACGCCAGCGGCAGUGUCAGGUGUGAGUGCCUGUCUCUCUCUCCUCUGUGGCUGAACCGUCCCGUAUUCCUCCCUCAUUGGAACUACAUCCCCCACAAUGCCCUGGGGCAGAACCACGAGGUCAGAGGUUACGUGGAGCUAAUUGGUUCUCCUGCACUGUUGUGUCCUGGUCCUGAGCAGGGAUUUGCUGCUAGUCCUGGAGAAGGGGCGGGGCUUAGCAGGGCAGUCGGAGUAAGAGAGGCUGCUGGUUUACUUUACAACAGUCCCUGUCUGUCUCCCAGGACCCGUGGACAGCGUAUCUCCGUCUUCGGACUGGUGGCUUCUGUGUGCCCCCAGCUGGUCGUGGCAGGAACAACCUUCUUCUGCUUCUGGCUGACUGACGAGUCUCACACUGUCCGGGUCCUCGUCAAGGACAUUAACAGGCAGUGGUGGACUCAGUGUGUGUACGUUGGUCUAAGUGUGUGUGUGACAGAGUUGCGUGUGUGUGUCCUACGAGGCUGGAGAGGAAACGACAUCCUGUGUGUGACCGAGCAGUCUGAAUUGCACACAAACUACACACACACUGACACACUGUUGGACACGCCCCCACCACAUUUGAUGUCACAUGUUGACAGUGAAGACUGCGAGGAGGUGGAGCCUGAGACGGACAAAGCAGGUCUCAGGAUGAAAAAGUCUAGAGUCAUCAGUUACCAGGGCACAGUGACUCAAGUGGUGAGUGAUGGUGCCGGACUGUAUGUGAUUGACAGGAAGGUGGGGCUGUGCCUGGCCUAUCAGCCCACACUUAGGAGAAAACUGAGGGCAGGAGACUCUGUGGAGCUCCAUCAUGUCCACUUCUUGUACCGGCCCUGUCCUGACUUUCCUCCCAGCAUGCUGUGCACCUGCCUGCGCUCCAGCCUCAGGGUUAUCGCCUUCAGCGGGGUGGGGGGGGCACCGCCACCCGACUCUGGAUGGUUACCACGGUUACUGCUGGAGAAAAACACGGGCGUGUCAGAGUACCUGUGGACCUGUCACCUGAGCUCUAAACUCGCCCACAGUCUGGUUCCCAGCCUGCUGAAGCAGCGGAGUGUGGCCGUGUUGUCCUGGAAGCUGAUGGAGUCUGUGUGGAGAAGAGGACGAGGGGGACGGAGGGACAUCUACUCAGAGAUGUUGGACGAGCCUCACACAUGUCCUCUGUCAAAGUACACUACUGGUCCUAAAGUCCAUCAGUACCUCAGUAUAUCCGCCCUCAUUGGGUCUCUAUAUUCUGAGUGCUGGUCUUCGGUCUCGCUGAGCUCCCUUCUGCCUCCUGGGGGAUCCAGUCUGUCCCGGUCUCAGCUCAACACGGCGCUGGCCUGGUCCUGCAGGACUUUGACCUCUGACCUCCAGGAUGGGCCCCAAACCGGAGACGCACCCGGACGGCGCCCCCUGCUGCUGGUCGGGAUGCUGGAGCUCCCGACCCAGACGUCUGAACCAACUCUGCAGCUCAGAGACGCGACGGGAGCCGUGGCCUGCGUCGUCACGGAAACGAGCCCGGAUGGAGGUCAGAGGGCGGCCUUCAACAGCGCCUGGAUAGGCUGUCUGGUGUGUGUCGAGCAGUUCACCAUGGUAACAGAGAGAUUCCUCCAAUCCGAUUUCCCCUCCUACCAACACCUGGACCAGGACAAGUACAUCACUAAUAAACACUGCAGAGUCUACCUGCAGUUUUCUCUGGACAGCCUCCACAUCCUGAGUCCGUCUGUUGCCAUGGCUACACACCUGGGACAGAGGGGGGAGGAGUUAGGAAGUGAUGUCACAGACAGGAGACAGACGUUAGAAGCAGAGGAGACGGAGAGAGCUACGACUGCAAGUAGGAAGAGAAGAAGAGAAGCCUCCUCCGUUACCGUGACUACCAACCCUGUGGGCGGCGGCUUCCGACCCUGCGUCUCCUUGGUGAUCAGGGUAGAGCAGAAGGAGGGCGUGGCCCAGAAGAACACAGCGGCGGCCCUGAAGGUGGAGGAGGCGGGGCUAACGCGCUGCUUCUCAGUCAAAGCCGUUGUGGUUGGUCCAGUGGUCAGCUGGGGGCGGGACCCAAAGAAUGGACCAGUGACAGAUAAAGAGAUGGAGACAGAGCAGGAGGACAAGGUGGUCCUGGUUCUCUCAGGUGGGUCCGCUCGCUGGUUUCCUCUCCUCCAGCCCGGUUGUUUCUACAGACUCACUGCUCCGAACACACAGGAUCCCAGGGUGUUGAUUGGCCGUGGUGUUUCUGGACAGAGGGGGGUGGAGCUCCACACAGACCCUACCCUCCAGGUCCGAUCUGAUUGGAGGCUCCACACACUGACACGCCCACCUCUGCAGGCUCUCUCGCCCACAGUCCUCUCUGUCUCUGAGGUCUUGGACUCCAGGUCAGAGAUGGUGUGUUUUCAGGCUCAGGUGUGUGACAGGAUCAGUCUCAGUGACAGGACCAGUAGCCCUGGUGCAGGUGUGUGUGCUGGUGUGCGACUCACAGUGUGGGACCAAUCUGGGAGGACCCUUCAGGUGUACCUCGACUUCAGCCACACCCCCUACCCACCUGGCCUGUUGCCUGGUAACACACUGCUGCUCUCUGCCUUCCAGCGGCGAGUGUCCAGGUCAGGAGGUGUGUACUGCCGCUCUCUUCCUGUCAGCUCCAUAACUGUGACCUCACUGGGAGAUGCCAGCUCCGCCCGGCCUCCUUCUGCUCCCAUGAUGCACCUGGGUGUGUGGGCAGUUAGAGACCAGAGCGGCAUUGUGGGUCAGGUCAGAGGUCAUGUGGUGUGUUUCCUGUUCCUGCAGCUGGAGUGGAGCUGCUCGCUGUGUGGGAGUCCCUACCUGCAGACUUGUUCCAGUUCGCAGUGUCUGUCCACUUCGUCCGUCUUUCAGUCCAAAGCAAAGUUGGUGAUGGAUGACGGCACCGGCGAGGCUCACGUGUGGUUCUCAGGUGCUCUGGUUCCUCCUCUGCUGGGAUUGGCUGAUUCUCAGUGGGAGGGUCUUCAGAGAGCGCUAAGGGUCAGAGGUCACAUCAGAGUCACCCCCCGGGGGCGGAGCUUGGUGUGUGACUCUGAUGACCCUCUCCUCCACUUCCUGUUGUGUGUGUGCAGCAGUGAUGUCGUGUGUCGUCAGCUGUCUCUCACCUGCAGAAAAACAAACCAGCAGCGAUCAGAAGAGAUGAAGAGGUUCAGCAGAGGAGAACGGGACUUCAUGACCAGGGUGACUCCUCCCCUACAGCUCACCUGUCUGCACCUGGAGGAUGUCUGACCUCACCCGUAAACAAUGACAGAACUCACCUGUAAAUAAAAACAAUGACAGAACUCACCUGUAAAUAAAAACAAUGUCCCCUGUGGAACCAUCAACGACCAGAGACGUUUUAAUCUAAACAUGUUUGUCAUGUGGUUCUUUUGGACAUAAAAAGCUAACACUCUUAUAUUCUGAUACUCUUGUUAUAUGGUAUUAAU